UAUGCGUUGCCCUCUCUGGCCAGCGCUCGGGCUGCUGUCUCUUCUGAGCCCAAAUCAAGCUAAGGAGCAAGAUCGUCAUGUCCAUGAACGCGGCCAGAGCGUACUUCAAAUCCUCAAACACGGCUCCUUCGAACCUUUCGGGGCCUUGAACGCGCUCUCUUACGACGGAUACGCCUCGCUUGAACAUCCCGCGUUCGCUGACCAUCGGGUACGCGUCAAAAAGUCGCGGUUAUGCGACGGGAGCGUUGAUGCCUACACGGGCUAUAUCGACGUGCAUGUGAAGCACAUAUACUUCUGGUUCUUUGAAAGUCGCAACGACCCUGAUACUGACGACGUCGUUCUGUGGGGAAAUGGAGGCCCGGGAUGCAGCUCUUCUGUGGGAUUGUUCGCGGAGCUUGGACCGUGUCGAGUUAUAAGCCCGAAUGCCACUGAGUACAACGAAUACUCCUGGAACUCCGUCGCGAAUGUAAUCUUCAUCGAUCAACCUGUCGGCUCGGGAUGGUCCUAUGCCGAUCACGGAAAAUACGUUGAAACUUCCAAGGAAGCUAGCGCGGAUAUCGCAGCAUUCCUCGUCAUCUUCUUCGAAAAUUUCAGUAAGUUCCAGGGGAGGGCGUUCCACUUAGCCGGCGAGUCGUACGCGGGUCGCAUGAUGCCAGUGUUUGGUUCUGUUAUAUACGAUAUGAAUUCCAAGCUUGUGGAAGCGGGCUUAACACCCAUCAACCUCACGUCCAUCAUGCUCGGCAAUGGUCUGACCGACAUCUACGAGUCUACCAUCGCUCGAUACGACAUGAUGUGCACAUCCGUGUCUGUCCCGCCGGUCCUUCCGAUCUCGACGUGUGUCCGCAUGACGCAAGCAGUUCCGAGAUGUCGACAGUGGACAAAAGCGGCCUGCAUCGAUCAGCUCGACGCCAUGAGCUGCACGGCUGCCCUCAACUUCUGCGAUGAUUCGAUCACAGAGAUGAUUCGUUCCACAGAUGUUAAUGGCUACGAUCUUAGCCGCAAGUGCGAAGGCAAAUACGAAGAGACAGGCUGUUACUACUCCCACAAGGACGUACGUGGCUACCUCUCCCGCCCGGACGUCCAAGAAGCCAUGGGUGUCGAUCCCGCCCGACGGGGACCCUACGCGCCGUGCGACUACGCCAUCCAAUCCGCAUUCCACGCCGCCAUGGAUCGUAACCAGCCCACGCACCUCCACGUCGCCGCCCUGUUGGAGCGCGGCAUCCGCGUGCUCGUGUACGCCGGCACGAACGACAUGCUGUGCAGCUGGGUCGGCAACGACCGCUGGACCCGAGCGAUGGAGUGGAGCGGCAAAGAGGCCCUGGCGAACGCGGAGCCGCGCGAGUGGACGGUUGACGGGGUGAUCGCCGGCCAAGCCAGAAAUUCCCGAGGACUGACAGUCGCCACUAUCUACGGGGCGGGACACUACGCUCCGCAGGAUAAACCGCAGGAGGCACUGGCUUUGGCAGAACGAUGGCUAAAGGGAUUGGCACUAUGAGAAUCGCAUAAAAUUCGUACAUCGUCAUAUGCUGCUUGCGAGACUUACUGCCCUCAAGAGAUUGCACGCUGCGUAUUGGCUACGAUAUCCAUGCCCAUGCAAGGACAAGCGACCCGGGCAUGCCGAUGAGAGCAAGAAGACGAACCUGCCUCGAUUACAUGCCUGACCGGGUCGCCGACUUGGACUGUUGUGCCUAUCCCCACUCUCUCGUUGCUCUCGUUGCGCAUACCCUGCCGAAGCUCGCCGAACGCAUUGGGAGCGGGCGAUCUACUACAAUACACGCCGAACACUCAGAGUCAC